GCGGCGUCGCAGACAGGCAGCCCGUCUCGGAGGGCGCAGCCCGGCAGCUCGAGAAUGAAAAUGACAAACGUUGACCACACUAAGAGAAAGUUUCCAGUGCAGAAAUGUGUCCCAUUGGUAGCAUCCCUGGUAAAUGAUUAUGCUUCUGUCAACUUUGCACGCCAUCAGCUCCGAGCCGAAGGAAACUUCCUGGCUGCAGACCAUGGAAUGGAAUUUGGAGGUCCGCUUGCAACCUUCCAUGUGUAUGGCCCACAGCUCCCAUCAGCCUGAGCCAGCAUAGCCAGUGGCUCAGGUUGGUCCCGGUUCCCGUGGAAGCCAUGUGGUGGGCCAGGCUCCUCGCGCUCGGCGCGUUGGUCGCCGCGGUGCCUCCCGAGGACAAGAAGGCGGCCGGGAAGGGCCCCGCGGCCGAGCACAAGAAGCUGAGCGACAGGGCGACCGCCCUGGCGGACCGCAGCGCCACGCUGGCCUUCAACCUCUACCACGUGAUGGCCAAGGACAAGAGCAUGGAGAACAUCCUGGUCUCGCCGGUGGUGGUCGCCUCCUCCCUGGGGCUGGUGACGCUCGGGGGCAAGGCCUCCACCGCCUCCCAGGCCAAGGCCCUGCUCAGCGCCGACAAGCUGAACGACGACUACGUCCACAGCGGCCUCUCGGAGCUGCUCAGCGAGGUGAGCAACGCCACGGCCCGCAACGUCACCUGGAAGAUCGGCAACCGCCUCUACGGCCCCAGCUCCAUCAGCUUCACCGACGACUUCGUGAAGAGCAGCAAGAAGCACUACAAUUACGAGCACUCCAAGAUCAACUUCCGGGACAAGCGGAGCGCCCUGAAGUCCAUCAACGAGUGGGCCACCCAGACCACCGACGGGAAGCUGCCGGAGGUCACCAAGGAUGUGGAGAAGACGGACGGGGCCCUGAUCGUCAACGCCAUGUUCUUCAAGCCCCACUGGGACGAGAGGUUCCAUCACAAAAUGGUGGACAAUCGCGGCUUCAUGGUGAGCCGCUCCUACACGGUUGGCAUUCAGAUGAUGCAUCGCACAGGGUUGUACAAGUACUACAAUGACGAGGAGGAGAAGCUGCAGAUCGUGGAGAUGCCGCUGGCUCACAAGUUUUCCAGCAUGAUCUUCAUCAUGCCCAAUCAUGUCGAGCCGCUGGAGCGGCUGGAAAAGCUGCUGACCCGGGAGCAACUGAAGACCUGGCUGGGCAAGCUGAAAACAAGGGCAGUGGCCAUCUCCCUGCCCAAGGUCAGCCUGGAAGUCAGCCACAACCUCCAUAAACACUUGGCCGACCUCGGUUUGACGGAGGCCGUCGACAAAACCAAGGCUGACCUGUCUAAGAUCUCGGGCAAAAAGGAUCUGUACCUCGCCAGCGUCUUCCAUGCGGCGGCCCUCGAGUGGGACACCGAGGGGAACCCCUUCGAUGGGGACAUCUAUGGCCGGGAGGAGAUGCGGAACCCGAAGCUGUUCUAUGCCGACCAUCCGUUCAUUUUCCUCAUCAAGGACAACAAGACCAAUUCCAUCCUCUUCAUUGGCAGACUAGUUAGGCCCAAAGGAGACAAGAUGCGUGACGAGUUGUAGCUCGUGUGCGCAGUGUUGUGUUGUCUUUGGGGGGUUUUUAAAAAUGGGGGGUAUGAUGGCAUAUGUCUUAUGAACUGGUGCUCUCAAGCCACUGAGUUUUACAGACUUUCUCCUGAGUAAGACUGCAGGAGAUUGCAUGAAUGCCCGAGGUCAUAACCGAGGGGGGUGGGGGGGGGUAAUUCUCCCGAACGGCUCCACCUGCUACUUCCAAAGGCCCCUUUCCUUAUUCCUCUCCUCACCGUCCUUCGCAAGAUGCCUUUCUUUGUGUCACAGCAGUUAACUUGCGGCUGCAAUUUGGCGUGUGCUUAGACAGAAGUCGCCUGAGUCUCGGGCAGCAUGAAGCUGCUUGCAGGGGGAGUUCAAGACAGAAAAAAAGGACUUUACACAACAUGAAAUUUGUCACCACAAAAUGGAGUGAUGGCUACCAGUGACUUUAAAAGGGAAUCGGACAAAUUCACGGAGCAGGUGGUUAUCCAUGACUGCUAAUCUGGCUGGCUGCGUGUGUCUUGCGCUCUUGGAGGCAGUGUGCUUAUGCACACCGGUUGCUGUGGAACAUGGGCAGGAGGGUUGUGCCACACAGCCUGCUUGUGGGCUUUGUGAUGGCAGUUGGUUCAACACUGUGUGGACAGAACCCUCUUCUUACCAUCUUUUUCUGUCUAAACAUACCUCGGAUUGUGCUCUGAGAUCAAAGAGCCUAAAGAUUGGUUAUAAAAUAGGAGAUUCUGCUUAAUUCUUCACUAUCUGCUCUGAGUGUGGAGAAGGUGUAUAAACCUCCAUUCACAGAUCACUGGGUGAUGGAUGAGAUCUGGAUGUGCAUUUGUUAGCUGUGAACAAGUAAUUUUGGGCAUGGGGUGGAAUAUUAGCUCUCUGAUCUGGUGAUUUCUCACCUAUGAAACCUACAUUGCAUUUGGAAGAAGAAAAGUGGAUUCAUUUUCAAAAAUCCGUUCAGUCUUAGAAGAGCUGAUAUAUUUUACCUCAACCAUGUACCCAUUUUUAGAGAUAAACUGAAAGUUACAAGACAAGCAUCAUGGAAAAAAGAACCGGCUUCUCUGUUCAAGAAGCAUGAGAGAGAAACCGUUUUGGCAGUGCCUGCACUCAAGUCAGCUCCAUGUUCUGAGAGCAGCUCCACCUGGCUUUAGUGCAGGCGGGAUGAAUCGCCUUCCAGAUGCCUCUGUAACAAGGCUAACAUAUUCAGUAGCAAAAGUCGGUUUCAUUUAUUAAAUUUCCAUACUGUCCAGUAGCCAAAGCUCUCUGGGCAGUUUCCUAAAAUUAAAACCUAUAAAAGAUCCAUAUAAGGCAUUCAUAUAUACAUUUGACCAUACCCCAAAGACAUCUCAAUGCAGUUUUAAAGGAGCUGAAAAAUUCAGGACACACUUAAAACCUUAUCCUUUGCGGCUGAACGCCUGAGAAAAGCAGAUGGGCCGUUACUUGGUGCCAAAGACGUGGCCCAUGCUGGGGCCAGGGGGCCCUUGUUAGGCUGAUUCUCCUUAAUUGGGGGCAAUCACCAAGAAGGCCCGCUUCCUUGAUAGGGCCCUCAGGGCCUGCCUUGCAGGGGGUACCUGGAAGAGGUCCUUAGAUGGUUCCUGUCAUGCAUUGCAGUCCAGAGCUGUGCAAAGACCCGUUUCCUCUCAGGUUCUUUUCUGAUCUGCGCAUGGGCCCUUAAAAAACCAAACUUCCAGUG